AUGGCCAACACCGGUCUGGACAGCGCGAUGAAGUCCAAAAACUUACUGCUCGCCUUUGGAGGCGUCGUAGUCGCAGCCGCAGCCUGGUCCAUCUUCGGAGGCGACAUGUUUCCCGCCCAGCCCGAUCCCACAGGAGACCCCGAAACGUGGACGCGAGAAGAGUUGCGCAGAUGGCUCGCCUCGAGGAACCUCUUUCCGCAUAAGCGUGAUACCCGGGAGGAGUUGCUUGCGCGGGUGCUGGCGAAUAUGAGGACUCCGAGGACCUAA